AUGGUUAUUGUAAAAGAAACGGUGGCGAAGAAGAGCACCGCAGAAAAUAAAUCAUCUUCAGAUAACCAAACUGCUAAUGGGAAUGCUACCCGUCUUUUCGGAGAUCAAUCGCCAACAAUGCCUGGAUCCGCCGAAGAUGUGCUACCCCUUCCUGUAAGAUUGGCUCUGGUGUUCAUUGGCCAUUGGCGUCCUGGGGUAAAGAAAAAUGAAGACAAAACGCUCAAUCCAUCCAAGGAAAACAACAAUGACAACCGGAAUGAGUCGAAAUUCGAUGAAGAGAAGAUGGUAGGAGGUCCAAGAUCAUCCUUCGACGAUGUCACGUCCCAAUUGAUGAACCAUGAUGAAAACCUACACAACCAGGAGCAACGAACCCCAUUGUGCAAGAGAUUGAAAGAAUACUGCCGUUGUUCAGACCUGAUGGGAAUGGCAUUCCUUAUAUUCUCGUGCUGCAUGAUGUUUUACGACCUAGAAGCAUACUUUCGUAGUUACUGGGGUAUCAAAGAGUACACCCUCCAUUUUGUCACGUACGUCACCUUCGUAGGUCAGCUUAUGGUUUUACCUUACUGGUUCCUGUUCACGCGCAUAAAAUAUGGGAUAAUCAGUAAAAGUCACCUUCGGGUUUCCACCACGUCCAUGAAUUUCAUCGCACAUCGAAUCAAGGUCAUCCGAAGAGGGCGUUCCGACUCGAUCACCCUGUCCUGGUUCCCUUUCUGCUGCAUCCUUGCGUGGCCCGUAAUAUCGGGGUGCUUUCGAGUCCUGUACGACUACAAAUUCCGACUCUGUAAGAUAUCCAGCAUCCAUGGUGAAGUUAGUCACUGGAAUUCACUCCUCGGGUUUGUCACCUACGGGUGCUUUUGUUACAUCUUAUACUUGCAGCGCAAAUCGUUCGAAAUCGAAGCGCAGCAGGUGUUCCGUUACGCCUUGGAACAGGCGCCCUACCAGAAUGUCGAUGCGGUGCUCAGCCGCAUCCGGCAAUUCAGCUUACAGUAUAAAUUCAUCCGUAAGCACAUCAGGCGAUGGAUGGCGUUUACUAUCCUGGUUUCGACGUUCGGGCUCACAUCUUGCAUCGCGUGGAAUUACCUGGUGUUCAAUGAAGAGAAAAAUAACAACCCAGACCUUCUCUGGUCCAUCUACUUCAUGAACGCCCUGGUCAGCUCACAGAAGAUCACCUUCGUCGUUGUACCUGUGUUUGCGCUGGGUGGUUUUAACAUGGAUCAUAUUUGGAGACGCUUCAAAGAAAAGAUCGCCCACAGCAGAGAAUACAGGUACAAGAAAUUCUGGAAAGCUGUCAACAAGUACGUCAAGGACAUAAAUCACGUCUCACUUUCUGGGGAUGUGAUAUCUUCUAUCAUAUCCUCGGGGAUCGGUUUCUAUCUCGGAUUGAAUUUGACAAAGAGCCAGGAUAUAAGCUUCUGGGUCGACCCAGCACAAGGUUGCAAUCUGACAUUUCCCACGGGUUUUUAGGAAUACAUGUCAACCCUUUGACACCAAUGCGCCAGCCACACCAACAAAAUCGAGUCCACAUCGACAAGUGUUAUGUAAUUGGAAAUAAUAAAAAAAAACCUUUGAAUUGUCGGUUUUGUAGGACUGUAACAUAAAGGAAUUAUCAUGAUGUGGCACUUGGAGUAACAAAGAAGCUGGGGAGGGGGCGUAGUCCGUUAAACUACCCUUUCGUGGUUUGGUCAAAAAUAGCAUUAUGAUUUAUACAAGUGUGUUAUCACUUCUGUGGGGUUGUAAAUCUAAAGAGAUACUCUGACAAUUAUUACGAUUGAUUGUAACAAUUGUACAUGGAUACACUGUAAAUGCAGCUACACUUAAUAUAACAAUUCGAUUGAUCAUAUCUUGUAUAUCACAUGGCACUGACGAAUCGAUUUUAAAACUAUUAUGUAAUGGAUAUAUCUUUAGUUAUUAAGAUCUAUUACUUUUUUAAAUUCUUGUUUCCUCACAUUAACAACUUGUUUGAGGUCCUUUAAUCUAAACUAUGGCAAUAUGUCUAUUUGAUAUAAUCAUUUGAAUUUCAAUCGGUCUUUAUACAUGUUAUACGUAGUAUCAUGCAAUUCACUUCCCUCCAUUUUUUUUUGCUUUUGAUUGACUUCCUUACUUUUAUCGAUUAAAGUCAAGUAAGUUGGCCUAUAUAUUCUAGUAUUCUACUUUCUUUUCCUUUUCGUCUUAUAAAUUAUUAUCCAAAAUAUAUCCAUUCAGUUUUCACCUUCAGUCAAUUAGAUGAAACUUGAAUAUCAUUUUUAUUAUAUUGCACCACUGAUUUUUUUUUCAAUUUCGAACUGUUUGAUUUAGAUGGUUGACUAAGUUCAAAUGUGUACACCAACAUAUUAUUAGGUUGGAAAAAUAUAUGAACUUCCACUACCUUGUCAUUCAUUAACUAUUUUGUUCAUUGAUUACAUCGAAAGUAAUUGGUUAGUCUUAAUUAUGUGUGACUCCAUACCAAUCAAUAGGAAGAGCAUUAUUUAUUCUUCUCUGUGACACCAAAUUUGUAAUGGUAACCCAAGUAUUUUUGGAGAUGAAGUAUAUUUCAUGACUGUCAAGAAAGAACCCCAAACGUUUCUCUGUUUUUUUUUCAAAUGCAUGUUAACUUUAGGUUCCAAACAAUGUUCCCAUCAUCGAAAGUUAUUUUACUCCUACUGUAUAUUCUCAGAGGGAUGUUGUCUUCUUAGUUGAAUACAAAAUGACAGAUUCAUA